AUUACAUGUUUAUGUACAUCAGACGUGUGUUGACGCAGCUUCGGUYCUUCAAGUGUAAUUACGGCGAAAGUACGCGGAAUCCGCAUACAGGAGCCAAGCUGCUGCAGCUGGGUGAUAUGACCGAGUGGGAGGAACUGCUUUCCCUAGCUUUGACUCAGAAGAGGGGGGUGGAAAUAAUAAUGACGAGACCUCUUGAAGCUGCUGCGGCAGGGGCAGAUUUGGCAUCAAGUUUCCUGCAUUGCACAAUCUUUCCUGGAUGCUUGGAGAGAUAAGAAGAAGAAGACAAACAGAAGGAAGAAAGGAGGAGAGAAGAGGACAGGGAGGCGAUAGGUGAAAGAUAACGGAUCAGAGAAGAAGGUUGAGUGGGAGAGGAAGUGUGGAGCAGGGAAGUGAAGACGGAGCGAUUAACACUGCAGUAUAAUGAGGGUUAAAGUGGAAGAAGGAGCUGAGGAGCAGCCUUUCGCACACCAGUGGGUUUUCUGAAGGAGCAAGACUCGGCAUUCACCGUGGAGGCGAGAAGGAGAAGGAGGAGGGGGGCUGAGGAGGAGGAAGCCAGAGGUUCUACACACAAGAUGGCUGCUGUGUCCUCUGCCUCUGACUCUGGGGAACAUCGAGGUCGCCACCCCCCUGAGCGUCGACUGCUCAUCCUCGGGGGACCACAGUCGGGCAAGACCUCCUCUGCCAACACCAUCCUGGGGGAUGAGUUCUUCGACGCCGGGACGGAGACCACGCACAGCAACGUAGGCCAGACAGAGAUUUUCGGCCGACGAGUGACGGUGGUCGACACUCCGCCGUGGGCCAUCCCCACCGACUCCGAGGACGAUGAAGAGGGCGACACCGACAACAACGCUGGCGCGGAGUCAGGAAGCCCAGCGAGGCCUCCGCCAAGCCUGGACAGCGAGGGGCCAUGCAUGGGGGCCAUCCUCUGCCCUCCCGGACCCCAUGCCAUCCUGCUGGUGGUGUCGGUCACCCGACCCUUCACCGACACGGAGAGGAGGGCUGCAGAGGAGCAGCUGGCAGCUUUGGGUGGGGGGACAUGGAGGUACUGCAUGGUCCUCUUUACUGGAGUGGACAAGCUGCCCAAAGGUGUGUUCAUAGAGGAGCACAUAGCAAACACCGGAGACUCCCUGCAGUGGCUGGUGGAGAGGUGCGGGAGCAGGUAUCACGCCUUUGAUAACACUCGAAAAGACACAGAAGAAAACACUCAAGUACCCGAACUGAUGGAGAAGGUGGAGGAAAUGAUCACGGACAACCAGGGCUGGUACUUUGAGGUGAAUGAAUUGAUUUUGCUGGAGGAGGAGCAGGCCAGGAGAGCUCUGGAGGAAGAGAGGAUGAGGAUGGAGGAGCAUGCCAGGCAGAGGGAGCAGAUGAUCGGAGGGCCGCCUAGAGAGUUGAGGCUGCUGCUGCUGGGCUGGAAGGGUGUUGGGAAGAGCUCGGUAGGGAACGCCAUCCUGGGCCGGCGGUUUUUCGAGUCGGGUCAAGAGACGGAGCUGUGCCUCAGGAGGCAGGCGCUCGUCUGCGGCCGUCGCGUCACCAUUGUGGACACCCCGGGCUGGGACUGGUUCUCAGUAAGGCGGACCCCGAAGCGGAUCCGACAGGAGACGCAACGAGGGGCCGCCCUGCUGCGGCCAGGACCCCACACCCUGCUGCUGGUCCUGCCCGUGGUCUCGUCGCUCACGGCCAGGAAGAGGAGAACGCUCCUGGCUCACAUAGAGACUCUGUUUGGCGACAGCGCCUGCCUCCACACCAUGGUACUGUUCAGCUGUGGUGACUGGCUGGGCCGCACCCCCAUCGAAGAGCACAUCCUGAGAGGGGGGCGGGAGCUGCAGAGACUGCUGGAGUACUGUGGGAACUAUUACCACGUUCUGGACAGUAAGACCCCUGGGAAAGACCGGAGUGUGUCGCUUCUGCUGGAUAAGAUCGAAGAGAUGAUCAGAGAGAACGGCGACAGGGCCUUCCUCCCCAUCCAGGACGAGUGGUUGAGCGAAGAGAGCUCCUACUCCUCUGACAACACCGAACCGGAGGACGACUGUCGGGGAUGCCAGCUGCAGUGACACGAGGGCCUUCACGGAGAAGUUUUUAUUCUGAGCCUUCAGUAGGCCCAAAUAUCACCUCAUGUAACUUUAACCUCAUCUAUGUAACCUUCUGAAAAGUUUCAGGGAACAGUUAGGAGCAAUAGUCUUAAAAUAAGUAGCUCUUCGUUCAAAAUAAAGACCAUACCCACUGUUUACUCAACCAUAACGGACAGUAGAUAAAAACUCAUAUCCAGAUAACACUGUAGACAAGCCCUUCAAACCAAAGAGGGGGAGUAAUAUUCUGCUACAAAAGACAAGAUCUCACACUGUUCAAGAGACUGUGUCCAUGUUCAGGCUGCACUGAUAUGCUCUGUUUUCCAAAACUGAAUCCAAAUGUAGGAACAUGCUGCACCGAGUCACCUGACCUGACCCCCUGAAAGAUAAGAACUAUAGGAUGAUCUUCUGGUGCCACCUCUGCUCAUUGUUGCUCAUUUUGAAUCACUAGCUGAAGCGAAAGCUAAAACUAAUUUUAAAAACGAUCGACAAAAAAAAAAAGUGGAUAAAAAUAACUUGCCCUGAAAUCCUCAGAGCAAAAAUGUGUACAUAGCUUUUAGUUUGUGUAGGCCGCAAAUAUAAAUGUAGCCCAGAUAUGAGACCUGCUGCUACUCAUUCAUCUUUCAUCUUCAGGUUAUUCAAAUGUUCAUCAUUAAACAUUGAUUAGAGUCUGCUCAGGGUUGAACUGAUCCCUUCCGGGGGAAAAAAAAAUUCUGGCACCUUUACAAGAACUCUGAUUGAUGCCGUUUGCCGAACAGCAUGACGGGAUUCAUAAAUUAAAUCAGAUCGGAGUCUUUUUGUGACCGUUUAUCUUUAGGUUGUGGGACGUUCCCAGAAUGUGAAGUUCCUUUGGGUUCUUUUGUUCUAAAACUAAAGCGGUAAAUAUUUUCUAACACCACACCUCAAGCCUUUAUCCUCUACGAAGAGCAAGAAUUCAAAGAAGGCUGCAUCGGAAGGGUGCAGCGUCAGAUCCCCGCGGAGCAGCUCGGGUCGGCCAUGCAUCCAGCACAAAUAUCGACAAGGUAGAUCCAUUUAACGUGCCUCAGCAUCAAAGCGUGAAAGUGGGACUAAAGCCCUGCAGCAGCAGGAGCUGUAUCUUCAGCGCUACAUCGAGCUUUCUCAUGCUACAGAAACAAAAUAACCUCAUGAACCAUUCAAGCUCACGUCGGGGCUUUUACUACCUGCUAACCCUUUUCUACAUCUGCAAGCUCCUGACAUCAGUGGCCAUGUUUACAAAAAUAAAAACAAACAAAAAAAAAGAUUUAAUAUGUUAUUGUAUAUCCAGCUGUCAGAGGCAUGUUAGAACACCGCAUGCAAAUAAACCAGUGCCUAAAGAGUUGAAGGCAACCUCACUUUUUAUUCCUCUGACUCUUUGAAAACAAAACAUCUGUGAACUUCUAGUUACAUCUAAUAAAAAAAAUAAAUAAAAGGGAAAGAGCAGAAGGAAAUUCACAGAAUGGAACAGCUAAAUAACUAGUGAUGGAUACCACUGCCAGGCCGCAAAGUUUCAUUUUCUCUUUAUGAUGUAUCAAAAAGACAAAAAAAAGACUCUUGCCACAGCUCCUUUUGUGUUUUCCUGACUCAGUGCUUUUUCUUGUGACGUAGGCUUCCGCAGCUCUCCGUGUGCCAAGCAUGACUUCAGAAUUUAUUACCGAGAUGUUUCAUUUCGAGUCUUAGAGAGUCUCGCUCCAGUUGUGAAUAUGUUGUAUACGCCAUGUAUAAUUACACUGUACAUAUUAUGUUCAACUGUAAGCUCUUAGCGUAGCGUUUUUGCACUGUGUAUAUUCUGCCACUGUACCGUAGCCAAAGUGACGUUACCGACAGUGUGGUAAAUCUUGUUUGGUGAUCUGUACUUUGGUCAUUCAAUAAAAGAUGCAAAAAUA